GCGAAAUAAAGUCUAGCCCAAAAUGGAAACAUGGCCAAACGCAGUUGGCUGCCUAGGAACCCAAACGCACCCAACCACACGGACACACUCCCUUUUCCUUCUUCGCCAGUCUGUUUCAGCUCGGCCGCCUCUGACCUGACCACAGCACAGCUGUACGCGGUGGGACAUCGCUUUCUCUCCAUCAAAAUGGCGGAGGCCCAAAGCGACAAAAUUCCAUCCCUAUCUGACCAAUACUCAUUGGAGGACGAGAAGAAACCUGAUGCGGUUACUAAAUCUGUGGAAGUAAAAGACGUUGAGAAACCAGUACCUGCUGAAGCUGAAGAAGUUUCCUCCGAGAAAGCUGAGGAUUCACCUGCUACUGCAGAAGAAAGUACUGAAGUUACCUUGGUUGCCACUGAAGCAAGCAGUGAAGCAACCCCUGAUUCUGGAGAGAGCUCCGAAGCCAACUCUACUGCUGUUGAAGAUGGUGGUGAAGCUGCUACUGAAGCAAGUGGUGAAAAUUCUGAAGAGGAGAAAACUGGCGAUCAAGAUGCUGCUGAAGAGACAGCAGAGAUUACGCUUGAGACAGCCCCUGCAGAUUUUCGCUUCCCAACUACAAAUCAAACAAGGCAUUGCUUUACUCGAUACGUUGAGUAUCAUCGGUGCGUAGCUGCAAAAGGGGAAGGUGCCCCAGAGUGUGAUAAGUUUGCAAAAUAUUAUCGUUCUCUUUGCCCGGGUGAAUGGAUCGACAGAUGGAAUGAGCAAAGGGAGAACGGAACCUUUCCGGGUCCUCUGUAGCUGAUGUUUCUACUUUGAUACUGAAUUGAGAUGCGGUUUCUUUGAUGAGAUAUGGAACCUCAGGGAAUGUGCUUUUAGGACAAAUAAGUUAAUAAGAAAUUUUGGUUGUUCGUUGGGAUUUAGUUCCAGUUCAAAUACACAUAAACAAAGUUAUUGUUUUGCUAUCACUCAGGUGUUUUUCCAUCAUAUACUUAUACUUCAACACUGUUCUGUAACAGUUAAGAGGUUAAUGAAUGGAAAUGGAGAAUAAAAAUUUAGCAUUUA